CUGAGGAGGGACAGUGGCUACAUCACCUCCCAGCGCGGCAUCUCUGGAGGGGCUAAUGUGAACGCCGGCCCAACGCGAUGGCAGUCCCCAGCCCAGGGCUUCUCGCCUGCCUGUCUGUCUUUCCCAUGGCGGCACCGUGCGCUGUGGGGGUGUGUUGGGGUGGAAGUGGUAAGUGGGUUUAUUUUCGUUCGUCUCCUGGCUCGUGCUGCUCUGAGUUUGUGGCGCCCGGUAUUACUAACGCUUUCCUGCGCCAGCUGGCAGCAGGGGAUGAAUCAGAUCGGCAGCACCGCGGCGCGGACCCCUCGCCGGCUGGCUGGCUCGGGGCGAUGCCUCUGGCCAAAGCGCUGGUGAUGGCUCCUGCCUCUGCCCAGGGUGAGCCCCGGCACCAAAAUGCCAGCGGCUUGAUCUUGCCGCUGGAGAUGUCUCUGUAGCCUGUGGGGCAGGGUUGUCCCCUCUGCCCCACACUGCCUGCCCAGGGCUGGCUGGUCCCUGUCCCCCCCCCCGCAUGCUGGAGGUCUCAGGUGGCUUCAUGAGCUCCUCUCUGCCCACCAGCAGCAUCCCUGACCUGGGGUCGGCUCUGCAGCCGUGAGGGUCCAGCUUAUCCUCCUGCUGCCAAAAAAGCACUUUUGCGGUUGAUCAGUUCUUCUCCCCCUCUGGUCAUGACCUCACAGCAGGCAGCGAAGUCACACGAUGACAUCACAGACCUUGGUGAUUCCUGGUUUCCCCACAGCAAAGACACAGAGGUGCCUGGUUCUCCUCUCUGCUCCCUCCUGAACACCCUGGUGAUCUACAUGGUGGGAUUUCGGUGACUGCCUCUUCCCCCAAAAGCGUUGCCGAGGCUGCAGAAGUUGGCACACUGCUUGUCAGUGUCACCUGCCUGGGUGACCCCAGCUCCAGGAGCUUAAUUUGGAUUCUCCUGCUCGCUGCAGCCCAAAGCGUCCUGAAAAAUGUCAUGGCUGCUUGGGACCUCUGGGACAAUGGAGAGGGUCUGCCCAGAAUCUGAAGGCUUGGAAGAUGAUGAUGACGAUGAUGACAACGAUGACGAAUUCAGAUACCCCUGCCACUCCGCACGUCCUCCACUCCAGUGCAAGAGCUAUGACAGCUCAGGUGGCAGUCAGGUGGAGGAUCUGGGAGAACCCAUCCCAUUUUCCCUAAAUCCCAGGCACUCUUAUGUGGUGAAAGACGAAGGAGUGAAAAAUAGAAUAUAUGCCAAGACAUUGGCCAAGCAUGCACUGGAGCUUGAGGAGGACGCUCAGGAGUUUCAGGAACCAUUUUACAAAGACACAGAAAUGCCUGGCAGCUUGUCUGAAGAUGAGGACCACAGCUGGACCCAUCACCUUCCUGUGCAUCAAAGGUCGCAUGUUCUCCGAACGGCCAGCAUGGCACCAUGUGGCUCCUAUGGCUCUUUCCAGGGUAGCGUGGGCAAGCACUUGGGGAUGGAUGUCUUUGGCCCGUGGGCCCAUGCCAGUGACCCCUAUCUGGGGUACCCAGAGCGCACCAGGGGAGCAGACCCCCACACGCUGCACGAGGAGGCCAUCAGGGACAGGGAGUUCCCGUCCCUGCAGCUGACCCAUGACAUGCUCAAGGAGGAGAACGCCAUGCUCAGGAGGGUGGUCAGGAGCAUGCAGAGCUCCUUGGAGAGCCAGGCGUGCACAGUGCAGAGGCUGGAGAGGCAGUUGAAGGUCAGCCUGGCCAAAGAGAGGGAAGCCCAAGAGCUACAGUCCUUUGUCCAGCGCACCGAGUGGAGUCUCCACGUAAUGACCCAGCGGGCUCUGGAGGCAGAAAGCAACGUGGAGAAGCUGAAGCAGGAGAUCUUUAUUCUCCAGGGAGUGCUGGAGAGCUCCAAGGUGGAGAACGAAAACCUGAGAGCAGGCCAAACGACCGACCUUGGGGCGGUGAAGCACAUCAUAGACUUCGCCUUGCAGAGCCUCCACAAGAUAAUAACGGGCACAAACUGGUCCAUCAGACAGCUCACCUCUGGGGCAGAGUCGCUGCAUGUUGUUGCUGAGGUCCUUAAAUCUACCGGCAAAAUUUCCGAAGUUGAAGCAGAAAAAGAGCUAUGAAUUCAAUUCUGUGUGGGUCCUACGGAUGAGUGUAUGGGCCGAGACCAUGGGUCUCCCACUACAGCCUAUACUAAAACCAUUUGCUCUCACGUGCUUGAAUGUGUGUGUUAUUCUUCAUGGA